CAGUGAAGCAUGAUAUUUGCUUGCUGACGUUGUCCUACAUUUUACAUUAUUUCAAUGAUGAUUGGACAAGAUUGUCGUUUGCCACCAGAAGAAGUAAACUUUAGUCAUGAAAAUGUAUCAAAGAUCAUCACAAUAUGAACUUUAUUUCGCAGUGAAAUUAUUGAACAGAACGAGAUGUAUUUUAAAUAUAAAAAAGAAUUUUAAAAAGUUUUUCACUCGCUCUCUUUGUUCUCACGGUGAACUAACUAAUGGAUCCUUUUCACAUCUUCAGCCAGGGAACUGAAGCAUUUGAUGAUCAAGCUAUCCAGAUGCCAUAUACAGAUCAACUGACAACGGUUCCAACUUCAGAAAUCGAAAACAUUGAAAUUCCGGUUAAGCUAGGUCUUCGUUUUGCAAUCGAAUCUCGGAGGUUUGCAAACGGCCUGGACAUCCCAGAGAUUGAAAUGAAACCCGUGCAAACUAGCGAAGAAUUGUCAGAAGAUCAGUUGGAAAAACGAAGACUACGACGGGAGAGGAACAAAAUAGCCGCAUCGAAAUGUCGAUUGAAACGCAAAGUACAAGCAAAUAAGCUCCAACAGAGCUCCAAGGAGUUGCAGUCUGCAAAUGAAGAUCUGGAGUCUUUGAUUGGAGAGUUAAAUAAGGAGAAAUUAAAACUUGAAACAAUGCUGAAGAAACACCAUUGCCUGCUUAGUGACCAGUCGAAAAAAACAAGCAAGAGAGAGUUCUAAAUUUACAGUCAAAGACCGUGAAGAUAUUGUGUGUCCAUUAUGAAUUUUUGAAGUUUAUCUCUGGAUCUUCUAGUUGCAACCAACAUCUGCUCGUCAAUUGUCCUCGCAAUCAAAAAUAGGCUACGCUGUCUCUGUCUGGGAGAAAACUGAUCAAGGAGUAUCGGGAAGCUUAUGCUGUUUAUGACUUAGAAAAUUUUACGUUGAAACACACAGUUAUAUACUUUGCAAUUGAUUUUGUAUAUAUUUUUACAUUUUUCUGAAUAUCUAUAAUUUUCAUUUUUCGCUUGAGUUUGGGUUCGGGAAAUUCGUUUAUAAUAAAUGUGUUUUUGAACAAGAGAGAAUGCUGAUAUAAAACACAACAUACUUUUAUAGUAAAUUUAUGGCUGUUCGUAAUGUAUUAAAACUGAGAAAUACACGUAAAAAUUUAGUGUAAAUAAAAAAUACAGUGAAGAUAUAAUUCCUACGUAAAAUUUAUAAAUUAUACUAUGUAUAAAUAAGUUAAGCAAUAGUAACACUAAGAUAUUUCGGAAAAAUGAAAAUACGCUCGGAUGAAAAACA